AUGGCCUCCGCAAAGGGGGUAUUGCGGAACGUGCAGGCGCAGGAGGAAGCGUCUCCGCAUUCCCCGCGGGAAGGGGGGGUCUUGCGCAACGAUGAGCUGGCACGUCAGCUGGAGCAACUUAAAGACAUCGACGCAUUGCAGGCCCUAGCACACAGCAUGGCAGCAGGAGGAAAGGAAGGCUCAUCUGUGCUGACCACGGCUCAACUGGGGGAGGUGAUAUCUGCGCUGCAGGCGCAGGUGCAGGCUGAGGUGGCAACGCAUCAUGACGACCUGCUGCAGCAGCUAUCCUCGUUAAAAGACACAGAGGGCGUGCUGUCUGUGGUGCGCGCUGGAGUCGACUCGUUACUAGCCUCCGUCCAGCGCGUGCGGGCAGAGAUAGCAGACCCGUAUCGGGCCAUUCAGGUGAAGACACGUCAGCUGGCAGCUCUGUACGACACCAUGGAACUGCUGCGAGCUGUGAUCAAGUACCUCAAACUGGUGCGCAAGCUGUGGGAGCACCUGAAUGUUGGGGUGGAGAAGGCGGAGCUGGGGAAGGCGGGGCAGGUGCACAAGCUGAGGGAGCACCUGGGUGCGGGGGUAGAGAAGGCGGAGCUGGGGAAGGCAGGGCAGGUGUGGCGGGAGGUGCGCAAGCUGCAGGAGCACCUGAAUGGGGGGGUAGAGAAGGCGGAGCUGGGGAAGGCGGGGCAGGUGUGGCAGGACGUGGGGACUCAGAUGUCCCCAUUCCCCCUCAAUCCUCUCCUCUCCCCACCUCAGGUGCGCAAGCUGCGGGAGCAUUUAGCUGCAGGCGUUGAGAAGGCGGAGCUGAGCAAGGCGGGGCAGGUGUGGCAGGAGGUGGGGGCGGUGCACAGGGAGGCGCAGCUGGGGGGGGUGCAUGUGGUGGAGGCACAGCACGAGUGGGUGGCGGAGGCAGGGCAGGCUAUACGGAGAGAGGCGAUGAAGGCGUUGGAAGGAGGCAUGGAGGCGAUGAACCAGGCUGAAGUGGGGAGCGUGCUGCAGGUGUUUUUCAACAUGGGGGAGCUGAGGCAGACGGUGGAUCAGCUGGUAGCGAAGCACAAGGGGCAGGCCAUGCGAGCCGUCGCCACAGGGCUCGACAUGAAGGCUAUCAGUGCGAGCAUGGGAGCAUCAGGAGGUGGAGGAGGCUUGGGUGGCUCCGUGGGCGGACCAGGGGGGGCCAUGCGCAGCGGCACUCCUCCAAUGGGUGGCGCCCCCAGAGCCCGGGAGGCGCUGUGGCAGCGGCUGACUGGAUGCCUGGAUGAGCUGGCGCGUGUUAUGGUGCUGACGUGGCACCUGCAGCGAGUGAUGGCGAAGAAGCGAGAUCCGAUCUCCCACGUCGUGUUCCUGGACCACGUGUUGCAGGUCGGGGGAGGGGGGGUGGUGGUUAGAGGAAAGGGGGAGGGGUGGGGGGUGGGGGAGGGGGGGAGGGAGGGAGUGGAGGGGGUGUGGGAGGGGGUUGGCUUGGCUAGUGGAAGCAGGGGACGCCCUGCCGACAGAGCGGGUGUGGGAGGCCUUACUCCGGGCCUUCUCCUCGCAGCUACGAGCCACGUUCACCGCCUCCUCCUUCGUCAAAGAGACCUUCGUCUCCGCCUACCCCCGCCUCCUCGCCUCCCUAGAAUCCUUCCUGGACCGCCCGCAGGCGGAAGCUCCGCAUGCUCACCCUCUUCCCCACCGCCCACCCCCAUGUGCCUCCAGUCAGGAGACGCACUACCAACAGAGCGAGUGUGGGAAGCCUUACUCCGAGCCUUCUCCUCGCAGCUACGAGCCACGUUCACCGCCUCCUCCUUUGUCAAGGAGACCUUCGUCUCUGCCUACCCCCGCCUCCUCGCCUCCCUAGAAUCCUUCCUGGACCGCCUGCAUGCCGAUACAGACGUGCGUGUGCUGGGGGGAGGGGGAGGCGGAGCUGGUGGAGGAGGAGCGGGAGGAGCGGGAGGAGGAGGGUUUGGGUUGGGAGCGGUUGGAGGCGGUGCUGUGGCAGGUUCGUGGGCCAAUGGCGGCACUCCGGCGGUUAUUUCUGUGGAGCAUCGCGCGCAGAUGAUGGCUGCUUUGGAGCCGUUUCAGGCAGCCUAUCUGGCCCUCUCGCUCUCUAGAAUGACCGACCCGAUCAACACCAUGAUGCCAGCCGCAGGGGGCGGGAGGGGAGGUGUGCCGGGGCCGGAGGCGGGGGGGCUGCUGAGGCUCGUGCUGGCGAAUGCGGGCAAGGCGCUUCAACUGCUGGCGGAACGCUGUGAAUACCAGGUUGCAACAGGCCCUGGAUCCCGCCAAGUGCUCGCCCCCUGCUCGCCAGCGCAGCAGCGCAACAUCUCCCUGUGCGUGCUGCUGGGAGCGGUGCACACACGCUGCAUGCACCUGCUCACUAUUCUCCCCUUUUCCCCUCCCCUACACCCUCCAGGUGGCUACAGGCCCAGAGUCACGCCAGGUCCUGGCCCCCUGCUCGCCAGCGCAGCAGCGCAACAUCGCCCUGUGCGUGCUGCUGGGGGCAGUGCACGCGCGCUGCAUACACCUCCUCACUACAUCCUUCACCCCUGUCCCACCCCCUUCCUUUCCCCCCAUCCUCUCCAGGUCGCUACAGGCCCAGAGUCCCGCCAAGUGCUCGCCCCCUGCUCGCCAGCGCAGCAGCGCAACAUCUCCCUGUGCGUGCUGCUGGGAGCAGUGCACACACGCUGCAUGCAGCUGCUGGCCCGCCUGCCAGAGGAGGCAGACUCCGUGAUGGAGGCGGGUGUGGGGUCCGUGCAUGGCGUGGCUAUGGAUGCUGUCGCUCCCCUCUUCAAGGUGUGUGGGUUCAUCUCCUGCUUGGACGUCUCAAAACUACUCGCCCGCCUUCCAGAGGAGGCAGACUGCGUGAUGGAGGCGGGUGUGGAGUCUGUGCACGGGGUGGCCAUGGAUGCUGUUGCUCCGCUCUUCAAGCACAUGAUCUUCCAUGGGCCAUCAGACUGCGUGAUGGAGGCGGGUGUGGGGUCCGUCCGUGCUGUGCUGGGCGUGGCUAUGCAUGCUGUGGCUCCGCUCUUCAAGGCCAUGCGGGAUCGCAUCGAGGCAUGCCUUCUUCAAAUCCACCAGCAGGACUUCUCUUCAGACGACCCCAACGCCCCUCCCGCCUCCACCACCCCGCCACCCCCUGGGUCGGCCUCAAGAAACCGUACCAGCAGCAGCGGGGGAUCCACACCACCCCACAAGCACAACCAGCACAACCAGAAUCAGCAGCACGAGUCAGCGGGGGACAACUGCUCGCCAUACAUGGAGAACACCAUUCGAGCCAUCACCCACUUUCACUCUGAGUUCCUCUCCAAGCUUCUUCUCCCUGACUCCUCCUCUACCUCCUCCUCCUCCUCCGCAGCGCCGGCCUCGUCCAUAUUCGCUGCAUCUCUGUCCGGUGCUGCGGGAUCAGGCCCUCUCUCUCCCUCCACCGCCCUGCCCCCUGCGACUGUCUCUGAGCCUGUUGCUCAGUCCCUUGCCAAACGCCUCGCAUCUCGCACGCUGCUCUUCUUUGUGCGCCACGCCUCGCUGGUACGGCCACUCUCAGAGGCGGGGCGGUUGAGGCUGGCGAGGGACAUGGGCGAGCUGGAAUUCGCAGUGGGGCAGCAUCUCUUCCCCACACACGCCCUCGGCGCCUCCUACCGUGCUCUCCGCGCCUUCCGCCCGCUGCUCUUCGUUGACCUGGAGAAGAUCCCCACCAGCUCGCUACUGCAGGCGAGGGACAUGGGCGAGCUGGGGUUCGCCGUGGGGCAGCAUCUCUUCCCCACACACGUCCUCGGCGCCUCCUACCGCGCCCUGCGUGCAUUCAGGCCGCUGCUCUUUCUGGACCUGGAGAAGAUUCCAACCAGCUCGCUGCUGCAGGACCUCCCUCCAAGCGUCGUGCUUCACCACCUCUUCUCCCGCGCGCCCCCCGAGAUGCUCUCCCCAUUCACCUGCUCGUUGCCUCACUAUAAUUUCCCCCCUUCUCCCCCCGGACCCCCCUACUCACCCCCCCAGGACCUCCCCCCAAGCGUUGUCCUGCACCACCUCUUCUCCCGCGCGCCCCCUGAGCUGCUCUCCCCAUUCACGCGCAUCCAGCAGCCCCCAGCGCGCUACUCCCUCUGGCUGGACCACUGCACAGAGCAGCGCACAGAGCAGCGCACAGAGCAGCAUAUACGCACAAUACACCCACUUCUCCUGUGUGCUUUGGCCCCUUCUGCAGGGAUUUGUCAAUCCACUCACUCCCAUUCCCCCAUCUUGCUCACCCGUAUCCCCGUUCCCCCCUCCCCCACGCAGGACCUCCCUCCAAGCGUGGUUCUGCACCACCUCUUCUCCCGCGCGCCCCCCGAGCUGCUCUCCCCGUUCACGCGCAUUCAGCAGCCUCCAGCGCGCUACUCCCUCUGGCUGGACCAGCACUCGCAGCAGGAGGAGGAGCAACUUUUGCACUCAACGCACCCACUUCCCCUGUGCUUUUGCUCCUUCCGCCAGGACCUUCCUCCAAGCGUUGUUCUGCAUCACCUCUUCUCCUGCGCGCCCCCCGAGCUGCUCUCCCCGUUCACGCGCAUCCAGCAGCCCCCAGCACGCUACUCCCUCUGGCUGGACCAGCACUCGCAGCGGCAGAAGAAGCAACUUUUGCACACAGCACACCCACUUCCCCUGUGCUUUUGCUCCUUCUGCCUGGAUCUCCCUCCAAGCGUUGUCCUGCAUCAUCUCUUCUCCCGCGCGCCCCCUGAGCUGCUCUCCCCAUUCACACGCAUUCAGCAGCCUCCGGCGCGCUACUCGCUCUGGCUGGACCAGCACUCGCAGCAGCAGGCGUGGCAGGGCAUCAAGGCGUCAUUAGAUGAUUACGUGGGGAAUGUGAGGGCGAGGGGUGGGAAGGAGUUUCACCCGGUUUAUGCUGUGAUGCUGCAGCUGGGGCAGACGCUGUUGCACUCGCAGCAGCAGGCGUGGCAGAGCAUCAAGUCGUCAUUAGACGAUUACGUGGGGAGUGUGAAUGUGAGGGGUGGGAAGGAGUUUCACCCAGUGUAUUUGGUGAUGCUGCAGCUGGGGCAGGCUCUGCUGGCAGGAGGCAACGAGGGCAAGUAG